AUGCAAUUCACCCCCCUGGCCCUCCUCCUCACCCUCGCCCUCGCGCACAUCGGCGCCGUCGGCGCCAGCCCCGCAACGCGCGUCCAGGCGCGCGCGCAGUGCGUCUUCGAGUGCGUGAACGACGCGGAGUGCGUCGACUGCCCGGGCGUGAAGUGCGUCACUUUGGGCAAGCCGGGCGCGCUUGGGAUGUGUAUCUUGCCCAGUGCUUAG